GACGCAUCCGCCCGCCGCCAUGCUGAGAGUGGCGGAAGCUCCAGCAAAAGUCUGCGGCGCUAAGGAACUAAAGAUGUUGGGAUGGUUCUUCCACCGCUCCGGAGAGUUCAGGCAGCAGGGCCCGAGUCUGAGUGUGUGGCCGGGCUGCGGUCCAGCAGUCCUGAUUUUCUCUUUCUCAGGCGUGAGUCAGCCCUUGUUCGCACCUGGAGGUCGCCAGGGCGCCCUGAACUUUGCACUAAAAUCCCUCACGCUCACCUUUCCCCCUGGGCGAUGCACAAAAGGGUCAGAAACCCCGAACUCCCCAGGGAACCAGGUCCCCGAGUUAAGUCCUCCUUUCCAGGUCCCAUCUCAUUGGGGCUGCCCUGAGAGAACAUGGUCUCGAGUUGGGUAAACGAAGAUGGGGGGACUCACGAAGAAACGCUCUAAUCCCAGGAACAAAUUCCGCUUCCCAGUGGUGGUCGGUACCCCUUGCUAGUAGCCUCUGACCAGGAACUGACCAUUCUGGACGAUUGAGUCACAAAGCAGAGGGGCUUAGGGAGCUCGCGGGGCGGGGUCCGGGCGGCCCCCACCCCGAGGUAGAGUGACGCCCGCAGUAACUUCACAAGGCAGAAAUUGUUACCUGGGAAAUAAAAGGCACCGUGGCGGCGGGAGCUCGGGAGUGGGCACAUGGGGGUGCGGGUGUGCAGGUGCCAAGCGCCAUGGGUUAGGCCCGAGAUCGGAGUCCGGCCGCCCCCCGACAGCAGCCGCCUCCUGCUCCCCGCGCGCCCCGGGCGCCACCAUGUCGGGUGACAAACUCCUGAGCGAACUUGGCUAUAAGCUGGGUCGCACAAUAGGCGAGGGCAGCUACUCUAAGGUUAAGGUGGCCACUUCCAAGAAGUACAAGGGUACGGUGGCCAUCAAGGUGGUGGACCGGCGGCGAGCGCCCCCGGACUUCGUCAACAAGUUCCUGCCUAGAGAGCUGUCCAUCCUGCGGGGUGUACGGCACCCGCAUAUCGUACACGUCUUCGAAUUCAUCGAGGUGUGCAACGGGAAGCUGUACAUCGUGAUGGAGGCGGCCGCCACCGACCUGCUGCAGGCGGUGCAGCGCAACGGGCGCAUCCCUGGAUCACAGGCGCGCGAGCUCUUCGCGCAGAUCGCGGGCGCUGUACGUUACUUGCACGACCACCAUCUGGUGCAUCGCGACCUCAAGUGCGAAAAUGUGCUGCUGAGCCCUGACGAGCGCCGCGUCAAGCUCACCGAUUUCGGCUUCGGUCGUCAGGCUCAUGGCUAUCCAGACCUUAGCACCACCUACUGCGGCUCGGCAGCCUAUGCGUCACCUGAGGUACUCCUGGGCAUUCCCUACGACCCCAAGAAAUAUGACGUGUGGAGCUUGGGCGUCGUGCUCUACGUCAUGGUCACCGGGUGCAUGCCCUUCGACGACUCAGACAUCGCGGGCCUGCCCCGGCGCCAGAAGCGCGGCGUGCUCUAUCCCGAGGGCCUAGAGCUCUCCGAGCGCUGCAAGUCCCUGAUUGCCGAGUUGCUACAAUUCAGCCCAUCAGCCAGGCCCUCAGCGGGCCAGGUAGCGCGCAACAGCUGGCUGCGCGCUGGGGACUCCGGCUAGGAGCCGGGGUUCCCGGGGUUCCCGGUGAACCCUGCACUGGCACGCUUCCGGAAACCCGCGAAGCCGCCGCUUGCGAUUGCACACGUGCUCUACCCUUUCCCUUCCCCUGCGCGGCGUGGGCCGCAAUUGCCCGGGUUUGGAAUCUAGUUCCUCCUCCACAAUCCCGAGAGCUGGAGGGCGCAUAUGCAUCCUCAAGUCCCUGCGAAAAGGCCCCGGGAGGGGCCAGACGAGAGGAGACGAAGCUUUGCGCCUGCGCGGAAUGAGCGUUGGUUACGCGGCAGAUGGUGGCUUAGAGGAGGAGCUGCCGGCGAGCCGACUUGCGUGGAGGGCGUCCCUCCCCAGCCAGCCGCGGAUGCCAGAUUUUCGGUUAGAACCUGCAAUAAACUCGCUCUUCCUCGCAAAGUGGCUUUAGCAGUGGCCCCUUUUACAGAGCAGGGAGGAGGGAGCCGUCCGGGGAGGAAGGCUGGCGCGGUCUGCCCAUUAUAGAGGAAGGCAUAUUGAGGUUCUGUCUUCCAGUCUCAGAAGAGAGUUGGGAGGCCAGGCGUGGUGGUGUUCCGAGCGACUAGGGAGACUGAGGCAGGAGGAUGGCAAGUUCGAGGCCAGCCUCAGCAAUUUAGCGAGGCCCUAAGCAAUUUAGCGAGAGCCAGUCUCAGAAAUAAAUAAAUGAAGUAAAUAAAUAGGUCUGGAGAUGUGACUCAGUGGUUAAGCACCCCUGGGUUCAAUCCCCAGUACCAAAUAAAUAAAUAGUUGGGAGGAUUCAAACCCCAGUCAAUAUAUGGGAUUCUCCAAAUGGAGCAAAUUCAGAGGGUCUCUUGUUAUCUCAGGAUUUCUGACGAUGCUGUGUAUGGGAUGCUGGGUAUAAACUGUGCAUUAACCGAUAAGGAAACAGGCCCACCCAGAUGUUAUUUGCCCACAGACAGGCUGUGAUUGGAAGCUAGAUCUUUUUGUAGUGGGGAAGCCCUCUUUGGUGAAGGUACCUUGCCUUUGGGAAGAGUUUGGGGAUAGAAUUAGAGUGAAUCCUGCUCAGUCCUCAUGCAUUUCUUAGGCACCUGCUGUGUACCAAGGCCCUGGAACUCAGUGAAGAGGCUUCAACCAAUCCCUGCCCUCAUGAGAAAGCAAGUGAAAAUUAAGUAAAAUAAAAGAAUUGCUUGGAAAUAAUGUAAGCCAGACAUGGUGGAGCAUGCCUGUAAUCCCAUAAAUUUGGGAGACUGAGGCAGGAGGAUUGCGAAAUUCAAAGCUUGCCUCAGCAACUUACCGAGACCCUCAGGAACUUAGCAAGACCCCGCCUCAAAAUAAAAAAAUUAAAAGGGUUGGGGAUGUGGCUCAGUGGUUAAGCACACCUGGGUUCAAUCCCUGGUACCAAAUAAUAAUUGUAAAUUGUGUUAAACGCCAGGAAGAGGAAGGACGCAUCCACAAUUAAAGCCAUCACUUUUUUCAGGCGUGGGGCAGGGCGAGGGGCAAGUAACCAGGGAUUGAACACAGACACUGAGCCACAUCCCCAGCCCUUUUUUGUAUUUUAUUUAGAGACAAGAUCUUGCUGAGUUGCUGCUUAGGGCUUCUGUAAGUGGCUGAGGCUGGCUUUUGAACUGGAGAUUUCUCCUGCCUCAGCCUCCAGAGUGGCUGGGUUUACUGGUAUGUGCCAUCACAUUUGAGUUGAGUCUUGAAGGAGUCAUUGGAAAAGGGCAGAGGUUUGAGUAAGCCAGGAAGUUCCUGUGGCUGGAAGAGCAAGGGAGUGGGGAGAGGAGGUGGAGAGCUACAAGUCCCAGGGGGACCCCACAGGGCCUGGGGGAGGUUGGGAGUUUUGGCUGCCUUGAGGUUACUAGGUUUGGUGACAUUUUGCUGACAUUUGUGGUGUAUGACAAAUAUGUCCCUCAACCCUAACCUGCUUGAUUUCAUCUGAACCUCAAUGGUCCUAGAGGGAGUUUCUCAGCUGUGGGUGUUGCCAUGCCAGCCACUGCUCACUCACCUUCCAUGCUUUCUGUUAUCUUGGAGUUUGAGCACAGCUCUCCCCUUACCCCCUUCAAAUGGACUGUGGCCCCAUCCCCCUCAUUUUGCCCAUGAGGAAACUGAGGCUAGAAGAGAGGGUGUGCUUGACCUUCAAGUUCUGACUGGGUUGUCACAGCUGAGGCAGAAAACUCAGACCUUCUGCUUUACACUGGAGGAUGGAGCCUCCAGUGUUCCCAGGGCCUCCACUGCACUUAGAGUGCAUCCACAUCCUCCUCACCUGUGUCUUUAAAGUGCAACCACUCUGUCCUCUUUGUUCUUGACCUGUGCUUCAUCCCACCACCAAACCAUUGCCCAGGCUCUUCUCACUCCUGGCGUCACUUUCCCUCCCUUAUUUGAGUUAACUUGAUGUUACCUCCUCUGGGAGGUAACAUCGGUCCACUGAUGAAUCUGUAGGAAACUUUGAGGCCCUGCUCCAUGGCCACACAGGCCCAGGGCCCAGUUCAGGGGGCAAAAAGUUUCAGGGACCAGGGUUAUUGUCCCAUUUCUCAGCUUGAGAAACUUGCUGAGACCACCGUCCAGGACUGGAUCUGCCCCUGGUCCACUGAGGUGCCUGUAUGUGAUCCAGAGAAGCACAGGGAUCUUGAGGGUGGAGAUAGGGCCCCAAAGUGCCCCAUAAGUAUGUUUCUUGAGGUCAGUGUUGGGUUAUGGGGCACUGGUUGGGAUCUUACAGGUGGAGAACAGGCUUGGGUUUAAUAUCUACUCUGCCCUCUACCAGCUCUUGUGCGUUGCUGAAGUGACUCAGCACACUAUUGGGAGGCUAUUGGGAGGUAGUCAGCUCCCAGGGUAGAGGGAAGGAUGCCGCCCAAACAGCAAAACAAGUUCAUAUUUUAUGCAUUUGGAAUGCAAAGUGAUCCCAAGUUUCACUUUAAAAAUAAAAAUGUGCCAGCCACUGUGCCUGUGAUCCCAGUGACGCAGGGGGCUGAGACCAGUCUCAGCAAUUUAGCAGGACCCUGUUUCACAAUGAAGUAAAAGGGGCAGGGAAUGUAGUUUAGUGGUAGUAGAGUGCUUGCAUGGCAUUGAGGCCUUGGUGUUCAACCUGUUACUGAAAAAAGUUUUUUUAAAAUGAAAACAAAUGUGAGGGGCUGUAGUGUAGCUCUGUUAUGCUUAGAUGCACAUGAUCCUGGGUUUAGUCCCCGGCACCAAAAAUAAAAUGUGAAACUUAGCAUCUGAAAACAAAUUUUCAUCAGAUAUCAUUCACUUUUGGAGACACAGCCCACAGCUCAAACUGUGCUUAGAAUGUGCAUCUGUAAUAUCAAGUUCUGCAGCAAAGACCACUUCUCAAGGUACCAAGCCUGAAAAUUGCUCCAGAAAAAAAUCCUGCACUGACUGGAGUUUGGAGGCUGAUGGGCAAAACCCACUGGGAUCUUGACCCCAUUCCUCUGGUCUUGUGGGGUUAAGUUAGGUCCAGAACCCCAGGUCUUGGUGCAGAUAGCGCCUAGGACCAAGGGUAGGUAGGGAGGGACACCAUCAGGUAAGAUGCCUUAGUUGCAUUCUUCCCCCAUUAAAAAGCUGCCCUGAAGCUGGAACAAAACACAGGGAAAUCAAGGUAGAGGGGACAAAAGAAGAGUACAGUUGACACAUUAUCCAUUUCUUUAUUGUCCUUCAGAGUCUAAAAGUUCCUCAUGAUACAAAGUAUGACCACCAAUUCCAGUCUCUUUGUUUUGGAACUUCUAUUGGUUUGGUGGCAAACAUUUUUUUUUUUACAUGUUUUAUUAUCAAAGAUUUAUAGUCACAAUAAAUACAAGUGACAACCUCCCCACCGCCCCCAAAAUUCCCUCAUACCCUGCACUAGUGUAACCAUCUAUUACACUUUCUUUGUUAAGGAUUAUAAAAAUGUUUGCUGUCCUUUUGAUAAAAGCUGUUGAAAUUCUUUAGGCUAACGUCAUGUGCAGCAUAUAACUCAGCAUCAAAGAAAAACUCUACGGCAGAGUGGCAUGGACCAUCCUUUUCAUUUCCGAUAUCCCUGUUAUAAGAAUAUUUAUAUAGAAAAAUUUGUGUUUCUCCAGCCAAUAGGAGAGUGAAUGUGGAAACAAGACACAAGGAAGCAGCUGAUUACCUCAUUCCCUCUGCCUAGGGUGAGCUUCACAGAGGUCCUGGAGAGGUAGUUAGGAACCAAAGCUGCUCAGUGCUACUGUCCCACCCUCAGGGGACACCCAUGUUCACCAGAGGUGUAGUUCAUUUCAGACUGGAGUCCCUAUGAUACAGUCAAGAUGGCUAGAGCUGUGGGUGGCUCCAGAUGGAAUGUGUGAACAUAAACUGCCCCAACUUCAAAUCAGGUGAUGUCCCCACCCUAGUUGACCACAGGUUUCCAGUUGCCUUGGAGGUUUGUGUUAGAGAUAACUGGAGAUUGUUAUAAUCAAUCUUUGGGCCUGUGGGUUCCCAUAGGCUCAUGGCUCUCAAGAGCUAGAUCCCUGCAAGGGCUCUCAGGGAAGACCAGGACUUGCCAGCACUUUAGGGAAUGGUGGCUGGUUUUGAGGUGCGCUUUGCCGCUGGUAAAUACCCUUAAUGCUAAUAAAUAUCCUUUCCUGGUAUGGCUCAACCCCACACCCAGAGAGGUAUUCAGUCAUGCCUUUAGGUGUUAACAAAUUUCGGCACAGAAUCACCCACUUGGGGCUUUAUCACACAAGUUAUAUCACAAAGAGGGAACUCAAAGAAAAAAAAAAAAAAGGUGAACUUUCAAGACAGUCAAAAUGAAA